AGAUUUGUUUGUCAACAAUGAACAAAGCAACAAACUGUGUUUGAAGUGCCUGCAAGGGAUUGUGGUUGUCUCAGUCAGUCUUGAGUCUAGUAUGACUUCAUCAUCAGGUAUACCGGAUAAAUUAUGGCAGCCUCCGUACGCCGUCCUCGAAACAACAAUGGGAGAAAUAGUAAUAGAGCUGUAUUGGAAACAUGCACCAGCCACAUGCAGAAAUUUUGCAGAACUUGUUAGAAGAGGAUAUUACAAUGGCACUAAAUUUCAUCGAAUAAUUAGGGACUUUAUGAUACAGGGUGGUGACCCUACAGGAACAGGAAAGGGUGGUAUUUCUAUUUAUGGAAGAGCAUUUGAAGAUGAAAUCCACGAGGAGUUGAAACAUACAGGUGCUGGAAUUAUAUCAAUGGCAAACUCAGGUCCAAAUACCAAUGGAUCCCAGUUUUUCAUAACUUUGGCUCCAACACAGUGGCUUGAUGGGAAACAUACCAUAUUUGGUCGUAUACAUUCGGGAAUGAGUGUAGUGAAGAGGAUAGGACUUGUAGAGACAGAUAAAAAUGACAGGCCAGUGGAUGAUGUAAAAAUAACCAGAGGUGUUGUAAGAUCACAUUGAUCUUGCUUAACUGAGUGAUUGUAUCACCCUAUUUUGUAAAAUAAAUGUUUUAUGAAACUCAA